AUGGUCAAACACUUGCAAUUUGUGACGAUAUUGGUGGCCUUUACACUUACAGCCCUCACUCAAGCAGCUGAGAUUAGCAAUGUUUUCCAAAGCUUUGAUAGUUUAACUUGGGAAAACGGUGCAAGCUACAGGUACAGAACACCAGCAGCUCCAAGUUGGAUUGCACAAUUGUCUUGGAAGAUUUUAGGUUCCAAUGUCAAACCAGGCGACACAUUCACAUUGAACAUGCCAUGUGUAUUCAAGUUUACAACAACACAACAGAGCGUUGACUUGGACGUCGGAGACACGGUAUAUGCUACAUGUCGUUUCGAACCAGGUGAUUUAGUCGUUGCAUAUUCACAAUUGAAAUGUACUGCCAGCGAUAAUGUUAAAGAUAGCACUGAUGCUACUGGUACUGUUAGAUUCCCUUUCACAUUCAAUGUUGGUGGGUCUGCUGGUGUAGUUGAUUUGCAAAACUCAAAAUGUUUCACACCAGGUACUAAUGAAGUAACUUUUACUGAUGGCGAUAAGAAAUUAACAACCACUGCAAACUUCCAAGGAGGCUCCAAUACCAACCCAGGUACAUCAACUAAUAACAUUGUCUUCAACAAUCGUGUUGUUCCUUCUUUGAACAAACAGCAAUUGUAUUUAUUGGGAGGUACUUGUCCAAAUGGUUAUAGAAGUGGAACAUUAGGAAUAACAGUCAGUGGAGGUACACUUGACUGUUCAAGUAUUCACUCAGCUAUUACGAACAAAUUGAAUGGCUGGUUCUUACCAGAGGUGGCAGAAGCUAUCUCGGCCUCAACCAAUUGUAAUGGUCAAUCCUACACAAUAAACUACAAUAAUAUCCCAGGCGGUUAUAGACCUUUCCUUGAUGUUUUGGUCCAACGUCCAACAGGUCAAGUGUUACGCACAAAUUACAUAAACAGAUAUCAAUGCGCGGGAGAAAUUUUCGUACGUGACAACUCACAAUCAAUAAAAUGGGGAGAAUAUAGAAAUAACGAAGCUGGUGCUAAUGGUAAUGAGGUCGUUGUUACUACAUCUACAUGGCUCGGAUCAACUACUGCUUUGACUACAUUGCCUUUCAACACUGAACCAGGUAACACGAAAACAAUCCUUGUCGAAGUGCCAAUACCAACAACUACGGUUACCUCAAGUUACACUGGAUACUCGACAUGGACUACGACAAUCACUGCCACGCCUGGUGAAACGGCCACAGUCCUUGAAUGGGACCCAAUUACUCCUACUAGCUCAAGCGAGCCACCAAGCUCAAGCGAGCCACCAAGCUCAAGCGAGCCACCAAGCUCAAGUGAGCCACCAAGCUCAAGCGAGCCACCAAGCUCAAGCGAGCCACCAAGCUCAUCUGAGCCACCAUCUAGUUCAGAACCACCAAGCUCAUCAGAACUGGAAUCCAGUUCAGAACCACCAAGCUCAAGUGAGCCACCAUCUAGUUCAGAGCCACCAAGCUCAUCAGAACUGGAAUCUAGUUCGGAACCACCAAGCUCAUCAGAACCGGAAUCCAGUUCAGAACCACCAAGCUCAUCAGAACCACCAAGCUCAUCAGAACCGGAAUCCAGUUCAGAACCGCCAAGCUCAAGUGAACCGCCAAGCUCAAGCGGGCCACCAAGCUCAAGUGAGCCACCAUCCAGUUCAGAACCACCAAGCUCAUCAGAACUGGAAUCUAGUUCAGAACCACCAUCUAGUUCAGAGCCACCAUCUAGUUCAGAACCACCAUCUAGUUCAGAACCACCAAGCUCAUCAGAACCGGAAUCUAGUUCAGAACCACCAAGCUCAAGCGGGCCACCAAGCUCAAGUGAACCGCCAAGCUCAAGUGAACCGCCAAGCUCAAGUGAGCCACCAUCCAGUUCAGAACCACCAAGCUCAUCAGAACUGGAAUCUAGUUCGGAACCACCAAGCUCGUCAGAGACUGAGUCAAGUACUGAGCCACCAUCAAGUUCAUCUGAUACUGAUUUUCUGUCACUGAGUCAAGUUUCGUCUAACGACCAUUCAUCAUCCUCAAUUACACCACCUUACCAAAACAGUACUAGCCCUACUGGACCCUCUUCUGUUCCACCUAGUUCAGAAUCCACAACUACUCCUACUGAUUUACCAACCACGGAGUCUACUACUGACAUAUCAUCCCCAUCCAGUGAAUCUGCUAUUACAUCACCAACUACCACACCAACCACAACUGAUAAUGGUAACGGAGGUGAAAACACACCAACAACAACUGAUAAUGGUAACGGAGGUGAAAACACACCAACCACAACUGAUAAUGGUAACGGAGGUGAAAACACACCAACAACAACUGAUAAUGGUAACGGAGGUGAAAACACACCAACCACAACUGAUAACGGUAACGGAGGUGAAAACACACCAACCACAACUGAUAAUGGUAACGGAGGUGAAAACACACCAACCACAACUGAUAAUGGUAACGGAGGUGAAAACACACCAACAACAACUGAUAAUGGUAACGGAGGUGAAAACACACCAACCACAACUGAUAAUGGUAACGGAGGUGAAAACACACCAACAACAACUGAUAACGGUAACGGAGGUGAAAACACACCAACAACAACUGAUAAUGGUAACGGAGGUGAAAACACAAACACACCGACUAAUACAGGCGCAAGUACUCCUUCCAACCCAACCACCCUGAGUGCAAACACAAUUGAUUCCCAACUGACAGCCUCGUCGACUAAUCCUCCAGAAAACGGUGGAAACGGUGGAAACAGUGGAAACAAUGGAAACGGUGGAAACAAUGGAAACAAUGGAAACGAAGGUAAUGGAUCAGGUAAUGGAUCUGGAGAAGGAUCAGGUAAUGGAUCUGGCAAUGGAUCAGGUAAUGGAUCUGGCAAUGGAUCUGGCAAUGGAUCUGGCAAUGGAUCUGGCAAUGGAUCUGGCAAUGGAUCAGGAGAAGGAUCAGGAGAAGGAUCAGGAGAAGGAUCAGGUAAUGGAUCAGGAGAAGGAUCAGGAGAAGGAUCAGGAGAAGGAUCAGGUAAUGGAUCAGGAGAAGGAUCAGGUAAUGGAUCAGGAGAAGGAUCAGGUAAUGGAUCAGGUAAUGGAUCAGGUAAUGGAUCAGGUAAUGGAUCAGGUAAUGGAUCAGGUAAUGGAUCAGGUAAUGGAUCAGGUAAUGGAUCAGGAGAAGGAUCAGGAGAAGGAUCAGGAGAAGGAUCAGGUAAUGGAUCAGGUAAUGGAUCAGGUAAUGGAUCAGGUAAUGGAUCAGGUAAUGGAUCAGGUAAUGGAUCAGGAGAAGGAUCAGGAGAAGGAUCAGGAGAAGGAUCAGGAGAAGGAUCAGGUAAUGGAUCAGGUAAUGGAUCAGGUAAUGGAUCAGGUAACGAAUCCGGUGAAUCAUUGAGUCAAUCUGCUACUACCGAUACUACUUCUCCUGCAGUUUCAAGCUAUGAAGGAAGCGGAUCUAUUCAAAGAGUCUCCACCUUAUUAACAAGUCUUUUCGUCGCUAUUUCCAUCCUGUUUUAG